CGCGGAGUCGGUCGGCGGGCUAUUUGAAAGAGCGGCCCUUGGAGCCGCGGUAGAGCGCUCGGGUAAUUGGUGGGAAGAAAGAGGUCUGGCCGCCGUCGCCGGGAUGGAAGCGCGGGACGUAGCGGGCUGCUCGGAGGUAGGAGACAAGGUGGCGGCUUUCGACAAGCCCACGGAAGGAGCGAUGGAGGAAGGAGCCCGUUUGCUCUCCGACGAAGAGAAAGAGAAGACGCCGGACUUGCUCAAGCUCCAUCGAAUCAAAGAACAAAUAAGUCAGCAUCUUAUGGAAUAUAAUACAAUAAUCAAUUCAACAACUGCAGAAAAGAUUCCGGAUCAAGAUAGAAAUGAAAAAAUAUUAGAAGGUUCUAUAGAAGAAUUGGAAAGAGACUUGGAAGAGAUGAGGGUAUCGUAUCAAAACAAAACUUUAGCAUUACAAAGGAUCCAAAUAACUGAUGCCCUUAGAACCAAACUGAAAAAUGAAGAUGAGGAUUCAAAGUUUAUCUGGGAUACCAUUAAACAUAUCAUGAUGCUUAGUACAGCAAUACUUACAUCAAAGCAGCAAUCCCGUGAACUGGAAGAAAAAUUGAAUGAGGUUAAGAAGAGCAGACUAGAAUUAAAGCGAGCUGGAGAACGUAAACUGGCAAAAAUAUAUGAUAUGAGGAGAAAACAAAAAGAGGAUUUUGAAAAUAUGGAGGUUUGCGAAAUGUUGAGGAAAGUUCGUAAAAAUUUACAAAAGGAAAUUCAGAUGACUACAUUGAUUCAAAACAUUUUCCAGAACCUUAUUACUGGAAGUGGAGUCAAUUGGGCAAAGGAUCCAGCUUUGAAGGAAAUUGUUCUACAACUGGAGAAAAAUGUGAUUGGCAUCUGAAACAACAUUAAGUUAAUGACUGUAUUUUCUUUCUGUGAUUUCCAAAUUCAGAGACAAAAGGGUAAUCUAUCAGGUUUUUGUAAUAUAUUAAUCAUAUUCUAAGAGUUAUGUAUUUGUACAAGAAUAUAUUACACUGAAGUACGACUGACAUAGCAACAAAAGGGAAAUUCUGUUACAGUCAUUGUAAAUAUAUCCAAGAAGCUAUUACAGGAGAGUCAUUUAGCUGUAAAAUAAUUCACUUCUCCUUCUCUUAAUUUCACAUAAGUUACCAACUGCUGAUUCCAGUAAAAACAGAGCACUAGGCCUUCUGAAAAAGCAGGUAUUUAUUUACAUAGGUAGCCACUUCAUUCUCUCAUCACAAUUUAGACUGUGCUUUGUCUCCAUGUUAUGUGUGAUAUGUAUGAUGCGCUUUUUUUUUUUU